CCCCCUACUACCCCCCUCAAGCACUCUCUUUUUACCUUCUGCAUUGUCUCUUCAAUUGUCUGCUACCCUUUUUUCUGUCUAUUUACAGUCCAAGAAUCUCUAAGUUUCAGUUACAGAAUCUCAAAGUUUCUAUUUUUGUUAAUAAAUAUUGGGUCUUUCUUGAUUUUUUAUCCAAAUGGGGUUAUUUUAUUUUUAGUUCUUGGACAGUUUUGUUAGUUUGUUACACGAUUUUGAUUUUUUUAGGGAUUUGGUCUUUUCUUGUUUUUUUUGUUUUUUAAUAAAUGGGGUUCUUUUCUUAUAGUGUUUGAACAGUUUUGUUAGUUGUGUAUACAUGAUUCUGAUUCUUUAGGUAAUUUGGAGCUUUUGAGAAAAGUGUGUGUGUGUGCGAAAAAAAUAAUGCAAUCAGAGAGCUCAGAACAGUUGAGAUCGGUUGUUGCAGCAACUGAUACAAGAGGGAAACAUAGGAUAUCUGCUGAAUUGAAGAGACUUGAGCAAGAAACUCGCUUCUUAGAGGAAGAACUUGAAUUGCUUGACAAAAUGGAAAAGGCGUCAACUGCUUGCAAGGAGAUGCUAAGUAAUGUGGAAACGAGUCCAGAUCCAUUACUGCCUGUAACACAUGGUCCAACAAAUCCUUACUGGGAUCGAUGGUUUGAAGGACCACAAGAUACAUCGGGUUGCAGAUGCUGGAUAUUGUAAUCACUCUUUGGCUGACUUUGGAGAUUUUCAUUGAUUGGAGACGAAGGUGAAGUUGGUACGCACAGCGUGUUGCCUAACACAGAGAUGUCUUAUCAAGUGUGUAAUGAAAUGUUUCAAUGUGUAGAAAAUGGCAUCUUUUAUUCCCUUAAGAGUUGAAAAUCAAGAUUCUCAUCUUUAUUGAUAGGUUACUGGUAGCAUUGUGCAGAUGACAAUUUUCUAUUAUAACAUCUUAUUGACAAGUAUUUGCUUGUGGUUAGAAAUGAUUUAUAUACCUGUCUGAGUUGCUAACCUUUUGAUCAA